AUGGGGACUUCAUGUACCCCUUCCAAGGGCGACCUCAUGACCCGAAUGUCCUUCAUGAGUGGCACGUCGCAAUACAAAGACAUUGAGCAGGACAAGGGGUUUGUGGAAUUGAAAACACCUGCUGAUCUCACGGACAUUGAGGGCGGGGCGCUCCGUGAGGGUGAAGCGCCUGAUCUAAAGAGCAGAGAGAGCUUCGGACUGCUGGUUCAAUACGCUGCUGUUGGGCUCAACUAUGGCGUCUUACCCGCCACGAUUUACCCGUUCCUGCAAAAUUACAUGAAUGCGUCAGGUGCUCAAGUCACCACGGCAGCGACCUUGGUGGUACUACCGUGGAGUUUCAAGUGCUUCUAUGGUAUCUUGUCCGACUGUAGACCACUGUGGGGCUACCGUCGUCGGCCGUGGAUGGUCAUCGGGUGGGCCAUCUGUCUCACCAUGCUCCUUGUGAUGGCCUGUAUGCCAGCAGGAGACCCGUACUACACUGUACCAGCUGACCGAGACAUCAAGCCAGCUGAAUACACCCCUGAGAUCGAAGCGCGGAUCAAUUACAGCGCUUCUUCACAAGCGGGCAAGUACGUCCUGCUUAUGUUUAUCGCGGCCGUGGGCUACGUGAUGGCUGAUGUCUGCGCCGAUAGUAUCGUGGUGGACUUUGCCCAGCGGGAGCCACUCAAGACGCGUGGCAAGACCCAAUCGGCUGUUUACUCUGUGCGGACGGUAUUUGUCAUCCUAGGUCAGCUCCUUACUGGUUUCUGCUUCAAUGGCAAGGAAUACGGCGGUGACUUUGACUUUUCCAUCACCUUCCCGCAACUCAUGCUGAUUCUCGCCGUUUUGACGGUACCGGUGAUCCCGAUGACUUGGUUCUUCAUCAAAGAAGAGAAGGUGCUGCGCGUGGAAUUCAAGCGCUACAUGAUGGAGCUCUGGCAACUGAUUCAGAAACGCGCGAUCUACCAAAUUAUCUUCUACAACUUCUUCAGUAACCUGUGUUCCGGCAUCUCGUACACGGCUGCAUCCCCUGUGCAGUCGUACAUGGUCGGCGUCACUCCAAUCAACAGCACUAUCAGCGAUAUCCUCGGCAGUGUGUUGUUCCUCGCUGGCAUCAUGAUCACGUCCAAGUGGGGCUUGCACUGGAAUUGGCGCUAUAUGAUCAUGUUCACGGGCGGCCUGGUCAUUGUUGUCGACAGUAUCACGACGUUUGUCACGAUCUGGGACGUCUUCCGCAGCCAAUGGCUCUGGCUUGGACUGCCUCUGACAGUGCAGCUUCCAGCUGGAGUGGCUUUUGUAAUUUCCGGUUUUGUGGUGGUUGAGCUCGCCGGUGUUGGCAAUGAAGGCGUUGUCUUUGGCCUCAUUACUAUGGUCGCCAACCUCUCAUCCCCGUUCGCUUCAGCCUUGACCCUGAUGAUCGAUCAGCCGUUUGACCUGACCACCGAGCGCAUCCAAGCUGACGACGCGUCGAUUCGAAUGGACAUCACGUAUGCGGUGAUUAUCAUGUACGCAAUGUCGAUCUUCUCGUGGGCCUUUUUGGUUUUCCUACCUCCUCAGAAAGAAGAAACGCAAGAGCUUCUGCGCACGAGUAGCAGCAGCAAGGUCAUGGGUGCAGUCACAGUUGCGUACCUCACGUUUGCACUCCUCUGGUCCCUCAUGACCAACACUAUGGCUAUGUUCGAAACGACGUCGUGUCUAUUUAUCGCCGGUGGAAGCGGUUGCUGA